AUGGAUCGCGCACGUAUUAGCACCCACUUGCUCCGUUCACCCCAAAUAAGAGUUCUGGAUUUACAUUUUGAAUUUGAUAAUUCCACCCCUGGAGACGCGAUUGACUUGUUAAUUCACUCAAACACUACCCUCAAUGCCUUUUUGCUUACGAAGCUCGAGCAUUUAGACUCGUUUGAUGGAGUGAGUAGGGUUAGAAGAUAUUGCAUAAUUUUGGAUUCAAGCGGUGAGCCAAAAUCUGGAUUCAUUUAUGGCAACAAUUUUUGGCUGGGAUCAAAAAGCCAGUGUCUCGAUUUGGAAAAUACCAAACCCUUAGAAUUAGACCCCGUAUUUUUGAAAAGUGUUUCAAAAUACCGCAAUAUCGAUGAAGAGUUUCCACCAUUUCAUUUAAACUACUUUAUAGCGCAUUUUUAUCACAACAGCACACAUCAGUACCAAUGUCGCCUCAGAAAUGAAGAUCUGAUAUCAUUAGGACUUUGCCUGCCGGCCUCGUGUUCAAGUGAUCAAUUAUCUAGAAUUUUGGAAAAAAUGUUCGAAGCCAAAAUUUUGGCCGUCGGAAAUUUAUAUUCUGCAGAUUACCGUCUUCAUAGUGUUCGAGGAAUCACGAUAAUUUUGGCAAUUAUUGGUACAUUCUAUGACUGCAUCGUCCACCAAAAACGAUUGGAAUUGAUUAAAAGUUCUAAAAAGAUCGCCAAUAAUUCAGAUGUAAAAUCAACAAGUGUCUUGCAACAAAAUUUUCUUGGACAAAUCUUGCUUUGUUUUUCUGUACAUACAAAUACCAAACAAAUUUUCGAUACAAAAGAAAGUAUAAAAGAUGUAAUACCAUCACUUUUUGGACUGCGUUCUCUUGAAAUGAUUUAUGUCUGUAUGCUCCAUACUAUUAUAUACGCGCCUGAUUUUUUGGACAAUCGAGUUGCAAUGCUGAGAUUAACAGAAGGAUUUGUAAAUCAAAUUUUUGCCAACGGACAUAUUUCCGUCGACACGUUUUUCUGCUUAAGCGGAUUUUCGAUCAGCUGGGCAUUCUUUGGCAAGAAAGUGAAUGUUUACUCUGGAGCUAAAUCAUUCCGGCAUUUUCCGUGGCGCAAAUUUUUUGAUCUCACUCUUAAAAGAAUUAUCCGAAUGGCUCCAGUAUACUUUAUGAUAAUCGGGAUAACUGGAAUGAUUUUUGGAUGGUACAAUGCAAAUUCCUCAUUUGUCAUAGCUGAAAAUCCGUAUCAUAACUGUAAUAAGUACUGGUGGAGAAACGCGCUUUUUAUUAACAAUUUAUUUCCUUGGAAUGAAUUGUGCAUGACAUGGAGCUGGUAUGUGCCAUGUGAUAUACAAUUCUUCAUCAUCGGAACAUUCCUAUUACUUUUAUCUGAAAUACAUUUUUAUGCAUCAGCAUUCCUGUUGAUGGCUCUCCUAGUGAUUUCAGUCAUCGUAAAUGGGUUAAUUUCUUACGGAUAUGGAUACACAGCCACGAUAGAACAAAUGUUUUUGCAACCGGAGAUAUUAUAUUCAUCACCUUGGAUGAGAAUAGGUCCGUAUCUAGUUGGAAUAAUCGCUGGGUACGUUUUGAGAAGCCUCAAUGGAAAAUUGGAUCUCAGUACAAAAAUAUUGUGUUUACUUUGGAUUGUGGGAAGUUCGUGCAAUAUUUCUGUUCUCUUUGGACUCUAUCAAAGAAACUUUUCACCCAUGAGCGCUGCGAUGUACGUAGCUUUUGGUAGGAUUGUAUGGGCCUUAGGAAUAGCUUGGAUUGUGAUUGCCUGUCAUACUAACAACGCUGGAUUCAUCAACAAAAUUUUGUCGCUAAAAAUCUGGAAUCCUUUAUGCAAGCUUACAUACUCUGCCUAUCUAUUGAAUCCACUGGUUACACUUUCAGUUGCUAUGACGUCAGAAUCAUCUAUGCACCUCGACAAUUUCCGAUGUUUUAUAUACUUUUUAGGAUUAACAGCCUUCACAAUUUUCAGUGCAUUUAUCGCAACUAUUUUGAUUGAAACUCCGUGCAAUUUAUUAUUUCAAUUACCUAACAAGUUACGCAAAAAAAGAAGUGUAAUAAUAGCGGCUAGAUACGACGGCAAAAGCUUCUUUAAAUUAGUAGAUUAA